AAAUAAAUGCAGGCUUGGUGAGCAGAAGAGACUUGCUGUUCAAAAGCUUUUGACUUGUAGUGUACAUGUCCUCUGUCUUACACUUUAAGAAAAUGGAAUCCCUUUUAUCAUACUGUAAUUCUUAAAAUAUCCACCUUCAGGUUUCGGGACACGUCUUUAUACUUACCUUGAACGACUCUGAUUGGUUCAUCUGUGAUAGCGGUGAGAAAAGUAGCAGACAGCACGUGACUUUUAUAGUUCACCGUCUAUGAAUAGGCAGAAUAACAGAAAAAACAUAAGUUUAAGGUUAAUACAGUAGUAUUAAAAUUAAGACUCAUAUGUAGACCAAGCGGCUAAAACACUUAUUUUUGGAUUAUUUUGUCUCAUAUAUUUUAUCACCGUAUCACACUGUUAAAUGACAUCAGGAAUUACCGUAAAGUCUAAGUCGUGCGCGUCUUUUCCUGCCGUUACGGUAGUGUUGUUCUCUACCAGCCUCAUGACAUUCUUCAGCGCUGUCUUUAGUGCGCACUGAUGGUUAUGGACGCUAGUGCGUAGAGACGACGAAUAUAAUGAAUGUAACCGAGGACAGCACGGAGCUAUGCGGCAAUAGUCUAACCCGAGAGCUCACUCAGAAUCCUUUAAAGAAAAUAUGGGUGCCAUCCUGCAAAAACGGCCUUCCUGAGAGACACAUUAGUCAAAGAAAGGUAUGUAUGACCAACUGCCCCACACUUAUAGUAACCGUUGGUCUACCAGCCAGAGGAAAGACCUACAUCUCCAAGAAACUGACACGCUACCUCAACUGGAUUGAUGUUCCAACAAAAGAGUUUAACGUUGGGCAGUACAGACGUGAAUGUGUGAAGAUCUACAAAUCCUUUGAGUUCUUUCGGCCAGACAAUGAAGAGGGGCUUAAAAUCAGGAAGCAGUGUGCAUUGGCGGCUCUUAACGACGUACGGCAGUUCCUAACAGAUGAAGGCGGCCAGGUGGCGGUUUUUGAUGCCACAAACACAACUAGAGAAAGAAGAGAGACGAUUCUCAGAUUUGCAGAGCAGAAUGGUUUCAAGGUUUUCUUUGUGGAAUCUGUGUGCGAAGACCCAGACGUCAUAGCCGAGAACAUUGUGCAAGUGAAGCUGGGCAGUCCAGACUACACACACUGUAACACGGAGGAAGCCGUCGCAGACUUUAUGAAGAGGAUAAAGUGUUAUGAGAACUCUUAUGAACCGCUGGAUGAGGAGUUGGACAGGGACCUUUCAUUUAUUAAGAUUAUUGAUGUGGGGCGGCGGUACCUGGUGAACAGGGUCCAGGACCACAUACAGAGCCGAAUAGUUUACUACCUCAUGAAUAUCCACAUCACACCCCGCUCCAUCUACUUGUGCCGGCAUGGAGAGAGCGAUCUUAACAUCAAAGGACGCAUCGGUGGAGACUCAGGGCUCUCGGCCAGGGGAAAGGAUUUUGCUAAUGGUUUGGGCCAGUUUAUCCAGUCGCAGAAUAUUCGUGAUUUGAAGGUGUGGACGAGUCAGAUGAAGAGGACCAUACAGACGGCAGAAGCUGUUGGUGUGCCAUACGAACAGUGGAAAGCUCUCAAUGAGAUUGAUGCCGGCGUUUGUGAGGAACUCAUGUAUGAAGAGAUCCAGCAGCGAUAUCCACUGGAGUUUGCAUUACGCGACCAGGACAAAUAUCGUUAUCGCUAUCCCAAAGGAGAGUCUUAUGAAGACUUGGUUCAGCGGCUGGAACCUGUGAUCAUGGAGUUAGAGCGGCAGGAAAACGUUCUGGUCAUCUGUCAUCAAGCUGUCAUGAGAUGUUUGCUGGCCUACUUUCUGGACAAGUCUGCAGAGGAACUGCCUUACCUGAAAUGCCCUCUUCACACAGUAUUGAAGUUAACGCCAGUGGCCUAUGGUUGUAAGGUGGAGUCGAUCUGUUUGAAUGUGGAUGCUGUGAAUACACACAGAGACAGACCAACGAAUGUCAAUGUGCACCGCACUGCCGAGGAUGCCCUACAGACUGUCCCCCCCUCACCUCUGACCUACAGCCACACCGCCUUCUCUCUAUUCACUACACCAAUGUCUCUCCGAGCCUGGGAUUGCCAUUACAACAGGUCAACCCUGCCUUCAGAUAGACCCCUAAUCAGGUUCUGGUCUGUUACGUUAACCGGUUAUUUAGUGGCUGUAAGAUUUCUACUGAUUGUAUAUAUAGUAAAUGGUUUCUCACUCCAUGUUUUAAAAGAGCCAUAAUCAGUUUACAUGGCAUGAGAUAAACCUGAAAGAUUGUGUUUGCACUUAUGGUGUUUGGGAUGGAUGUUACAUUACUAUGGCUCUUAUAUGUAUAUUUAAUAUACAUAUAUUUACAGAUAUGGGAUCCGCAGGUAUGUUAUUUUGCUGCUCCUCCAAUUGUGCUCUCAUUUUGUCAAAUCUAAAAGGUAAUCUCUCUGUUAUUUUGAGGGAUGGGAUGACAAAAGUUGUGUUUGUGUGCGUGUGUGUACAUACAAAUCAGAGAAAACACUCACAGUGUCAAAAAACUGUCUUUCAUUUCCCUUUAAUGAUAGAGUGACUUUAUCUUCUUUUUUUAAUGUUCUUUAAGAAUUUAGAUAGAAAUAUCGACCUUUUUGGCCUGACGUUUAAAAUCAGACACCGGUUGUUGAUUCAAGUGCUAAAUCAACACGGUGUUCAGGCAGGUAUUUUUCUAUCAUGUAAAUUUUAUUCAGAAUAACUGCAGAAUAUUCUGACUUUCCAACUGACUGCAUGUUUCUGAGAAAUUUAAGUGCUUGUGAGAAAAACAUAAGCUGUUUGUUACAUUAACAAAUUUGGGAACAAAGUCUCAGUAUUUGUUUUUACGAUAUUAAUAUGCUCAACAAUGAUUCAUCAAUAUCCAUUUCCAUAUAAAGAUUAAAAUAUAGUAUAAAGUUGAUCUGUAAUUCAUUUGAAUUGUUGCCUCAAAUCAUGUCCAAAGAGUGCUGUGAUAUAUACUGUGCAUUUGAAACAGCUCUUGACUAUUUAAAUGAGAUUUUCUGGUAGUAUUGUUCUGAUUAUUUUGGUGCCAGUAUCACACUAAAUAAAUAAAGGUAUGUUUUGAUGUAGUAGUUCAUUAAUAGUAAUAAUCACAGAUUUUAAUUCAUUGAAUAUACUGUCUGUGUAUGCAAUCAUAUUGUUCCACCAUGUUGACAAAGAUACGAAUUGUACAGCUACAACAGCAUCAUGUGUAAGUAAUAUAUUUGAUGUCAAAUUACAUGGAUUUUUUUUGGAACUGUUGAAAAUACAAUCUGUGUUUGUGUGUUUUAAUUGUAUCACCUUCUUGAAUAAACCUUUUGUGGUGAUUUUA